UAGCGCUAUUAGCUACACUCAAUUACAUACUCAUCCAUCCAUGGAUCUUUUUCAUCUCCUCUCAUGUCUUGCAGGCUUCAUCUUCUUCGUUUUACUAUACAUCAGAAUAAAUAAUAAGAACAGAAACCUGUUAUUACCCCCAGUGGCCGCCGGUGCUCUUCCGAUCAUCGGCCACAUUCCCAUCCUCAACAGCCAAAACCAGAUUCUCUCCCGGACUUUGGGAGAGAUGGCGGAUAAGCACGGCCCGCUGUUCAUCGUGCGGUCAGGGAUGACUCCCAUAGCCAUGAUCUGCGGUCUGGAAGCCGCCAAGGAUUGCUUCACCACACACGAGCGAGACGUGGCGUCCAAGCCGGAGUUCGCCGUCGGCGAACACCUCGGUUACAACUACGCCAUGUUUAGUUUCAGCUCCGACAAUGCGUACUGGCGCGUGAUGCGCAAGUUUGUCGUGUCAGAGCUUCUGUCCAACGUUAAACUCGACAAGGUGAAGCAUAUCCGCAUGUCGGAGCUGGAGACCAGCAUCAAAGAGUUGUACCUUUUCGUCACUGCUUCUCCUGAACCGAAUAAGGCGGCGGUUGUCGCCAUGGAUGAGUGGAUAGCACAGUUGACGUUGAACACCAGUUGUCGGAUCGUCGCCGGGAGGAGGUACAAGUUUAAGGUCGGAGGAGCCAUCGGCGACGACGACAGCACGGAGUAUAAAGAGGCGCAAGAAAUGAUUAAUGUUUUUCGGGAAUUCCAAUAUCUAAGCGGGAUGUUUGUUCUCCAGGAUGCUUUUCCAUUGCGGCUGUUUAAGUGGUUUGAUUUCCAAGGUCAUGUUAGGGCCAUGAAGCGUAACAAUAAAAAGGUUGAUAAGAUUCUUCAAGCCUGGAUUGACCAACAUAUUGAGAGACGGCAGUUGGGGAAUGCUCCGGCACCGGCGGCCGGAAAUGAUCUGGACUUGAUCCACCUCAUGCUUUCAACCAUCGACAAGGAAUUCGUUAAAGGUUUUCCCUAUACCCAUCAAAUGGCUAUCAAGGGUACAACCCAGAGUAUGAUCAUAGAUGGGUCGGAUACAACCGGGACUCAUAUGGUAUGGGCACUAUCCUUACUAGUGAAGUACGGCGAUGUAAUGAAGCGUUGCCGGGAAGAGAUAGAAGCGCAAGUGGGCACAGAGAGAUGGGUGGAAGAUUCCGAUGUUAAAAAGCUAGAAUACCUGCAGGCCGUCGUGAAAGAAUCGCUACGCCUAUAUCCCACAGUUCCGCUCUUAAUGCCGAGAAUGACAUCCAAAGAUUGCAAGAUCGGAGGUUACGACCUCCCAAAAGGUGCCCAGUUCAACGUUAACCUGUGGAAAAUCAUGCGAGACCCGAAAUUCUGGCCGGAACCCGACAAAUUCAUGCCGAAGAGAUUCCUGAACAGGGAAGCGGGCGGGGCGGAUAAUCCACUGAAACGGUUUGAGUAUGUGCCUUUCGGGUGUGGGAGACGAAGCUGUGUAGGAAUGGCGUAUGCGUUGCAGAUUUCGCAUCUCACCAUUGCUCGAUUGAUUCAAGGUUUCAAUUUCAGCACACCUGGAAAUGUGGAACUGGACAUGGAAGAGGGAUUCGGAGUCACUCUGCCCCGAGCAACGCCGUUACAGCUAGUGGUUACGCCUCGCCUGCCCCCAAACUUCUAUGGGCUCUAGAUAUUACUAUAUUAGUUUGAAUAAGUACUACCCAAGUUCUUAUCCCUA